UGUGGGCGGGGAAAGCCGAGCCCGAUAAAGGCCGAGCUCCGCUUCCUGGUUGUCCGCUUGUUCGGGAUGGAGAACCGGCUGGAGGAGCGGAGGAAGCCCGUCCGCCUCAUCGCCGCGGUCUGCAGGAACAACGGCAUCGGGAAGGACGGGACGCUGCCCUGGAGCUUACCGUCUGAAUUCCAGUAUUUCCUGAACACCAUCACCAGAGUGUCCAGACCAGGAAACGUGAACCUGAUGAUCUGGGGGAGGCUGUGCUGGUUCUCCCAUCCGGACGACCUCUUCCCUCUGCCAAACUCCCUGCAUGUGGUGCUGAGCAAGACGCUGACCUCCGUCCCAAACCACGCCCAGUUCCUGUGUGGAGACUUUGAGAGCGCCGUGCGGCUGGCGGCGCUGCCCCCUCUGGCCGACAUCAUCGAAACCAUCUGGGUUCUUGGCGGGACGAAGGUUUACGAGGAGGCGCUGAAGCACCCGUGCUGCGACCUUCUGUACUUCACAGAUGUCAUGGCCGACUUCGACUGCGACGUCUUCUUCCCCGACUUUGACAGAGAGUUAUUCCGAGUGCAGGAAGAGUUUCCAGACGUUCCGAGUGAAGUUCAGGAGGAGAACGGGAUCAAGUUCAAGUGCCAAGUUUUUAAGAGAGUGACUAUGGAGGAUCAGUAAAACGGACGAGGAGGGGGGGCGCAUUAACCCUUGUGCUAUCUUAGAUGACCCCACCCUUACUUUGACGUGUUCUCCCUACCUUGACAAAGGUGGAUAAAGGUGGAAAGAUUUCAUGUAAUCCAUGGACACCAGUGAAGAUCACAAAUCAUUGAAGAAAAAAGGUUCAGAGCACUGUCUAGUGGGUCUAGAUGACCCACCUCCCAAUGUUAACGUACCUAAGAUAGAACAAGGGUUACAGGACCACAACUUUAUUUUUAAUGAAUCCUUUAAAUCUACCUGCAGUCUUUAUCCAACCUUAAGGAAUCAGGAAAAAAUGUUUCAAAUAGUUUUUAAAGAUGGUUUUGGUCGACUAAAGGAAGGACAAACAUCUAAAAAUCAUCUCCUCUGUUCAUAUAAUCACACUAAUCUGGAUUUCCUAAAAGCCUCAAAUCUGCGUUCCACUUGGCGGCUCUGACCGGAGGUCCAGCCCUUUUUCCACCAAGCUCCAGUUUCUUCAGCCUGUAAUAUUUUGGUCUGAGGAGUGAGGCGGAUUGUUCAGUCAGCUCCUGAACACGAUAAUCCAGGAAUGUCUGAUUCCAGCAUCAACUGAAAUGUUUUUAGAAAACGGUGGAGUCAGCAUGUUUGAUUUGAAGAAGAGGUGAGAAUUAUGUAGCCAGAAUUUACUCCAGUUUGGUUGCUAUGGUGACAUUUGCUAUUGCGCUUUGGGGUCACGGGGAUGCUGGAGCCUAUCCCCACUAUAGGUGAAGGUGGGGUUCACUCAGGUGCAGUGCCCCCCCCCAGGGACAUACAACCACACACACUCGCACACAUCUGAUCACCUGAGAAAAUGAGAACAAGUAAACUCCACACUGGAAGGACCCAGCCAGGAUUUGAACCCUCUCCCAGUUAGACGAGAGUGCUAACCACUACACCACAGCACAGCCUGACAUAAUUACAAAAGUAUUUUUCUUAUUAGAUUUGAUCUUUGGUUACAUGAUCUGGUGUUUCUUCGUACAAUCAUGAGGUUUAAUUGCUUUGUUGUGUUUUUUUUCUCUUUUUAUCAAAGUACAUCAUAUUUGGAAAAUAAGUUGUCUGUUUAUUUUCACAGCUGAUUUUUCUGUUACUGCAUCUUUGCUUCAUUAAAAUGAUUUAAGUCCUUAA